AUGGAAACUCUCAAAACCAUCCUGCCUUCAGUAUAUCCCGACAUCAGGAAGAGGCCUUGUAUACUUGAAAGGUUUUUCGACAUUGCUCGCGAUGCAAACCCCAUUCUUGACAAAGAAAGGUUUCUCCAGGACUACCGUAGAUCAUUGUGCAGCCCGGAACUGGUUUCUGCAAUUGCCCUGAUUACAGCAAAGCUCAUAGGGAGGGAACAAUUCAGCCAUGCUCUAGGACUGGAUACUAGUAUCGAAAGAAUGCUUAGCUCAAGUCUGCUGGAGGAGGAGAUUGUUGGAGAUUUUCCGUCCCUUGAUCAAUUCCGCAAAGCAUGCAUUCUUGCAUUCUACGAGUUCCAUCAAUUCCCUGGCAACCAGUCGUGGAUGCGGGUGGGAAAGUUAACACGCAUGGCUUAUCGGAUCGGGCUUGACCGCCUCGAAGUACUUCGUGUGCGAUAUGAUGAGUGGAAGACAGUUAGCUAUGAGGAUAUCCAGGAAUGGCGGUCGAUAUGGUGGUGCAUUUAUCGGCUGGAUGCGUACUCGAAUCUUUCAUCAGGAACACCGUUUUUGAUUGAAGAUAGCCUGAUCGAUACUUCACUAGUGGUGGGGAAGCAGAUAUUGGAUGACGAACAGCCCCCAGAACUAUACGUGUCACAACAGGUCAACAGUCUGUGGAGAUUAGUUCCUGCGAUUACAGCACACCCAGAAACAAUGGUUCCCAAUAUCCAUAAUAUCACCAUCGCCGCCGUCCGUCAGAUGGGACUUGUUACACGGCUACAUUUCUUACGGCCACGAGAGGAGACUUUAUUCCAUUUAGCCACCGUUUCACAACACUUGUCAGAGUUUCGUAUGUCCCUCCCUCCCGGAUGGCUAAAUCCCAGACGCAAUGCCUUCACCGCCGAGUCUCAAGCCAGCCAUCACGAGCGGAUGGUCUCCGUUCUUCUACUGCUGAUGGCACAAUUGCUACUCUCGAUACUCCACUGCGCGGCUUCUCAGGGCAAUGAUUGGCUGGUAAAUUGGCAGCGAGUAUACCAGACAUGUCAGGAUAUUGCCUUGGUUGCCGAACAGUGGGAUAGCUCUUUUUGCCUCAAGGUGGAUCCGGCCAUCUGCCUCACAACCCUCACUGCUCUUGUGUUUCUUGAGCUUCAUCGAAAGUCGGCGACAACAAACGUGUUUAAUAUCGAUUCCGAGAUUGACCACGAGAAGACUGUUCUGUAUCUUCAGCUUGAGCAGUUUGCCAGUGUUUGGACACUUCCCAGGCUUUUGAUCCUCUCAUUCAAGAGCUUCAGCGAAUCGGUUCCUGGUCCGCUGUCAAAUAGUCAAAUUUCGUUGAUACUGUCUCGUUUUGAGGCACCGCUACACCCACGGUGGCUGCAGUUUCUUUCGUCGGCGCAAGUCAUUUUGGAUGCUGCUGCGUGA